GACGUUUGCAUGAAGAAAGUCAUAGCAUGCCAUGCGUUAGAAUUAUUUUAGUAUAAAAACUCCCAUGUAUUUGAGACGUCGAUGUCAUUUGAAUUCCCCACAGUCCUCUUCGACAAUUGAUUCCAUUUCGUUUAACUCAACCAGGAUACAAAGCCAAGAAUUAUACUAUUCAAGAUUUAACAGACUUUAUAAAAUAGUUACAAAUUCUUUGAAUAAGCUCUUCUCUGUAAUUGCUUAAAAUACUGAAAAAUCAAUUUGCUACAACUAUUCUAUUCAAAAGAUGUUUUUAAAUUUAUACAAUGCUAGAUCUCAUUGAUAAACAACUGAUUUUUUAACACUUAACUCCUGACGUGAGGUCUUGGGGACCACAGUGGAUAUUUUUUCACAAAUAGCUCCACUUCUUAUGGGCAGAAUUCUUUUUCAGUCAGUCCUGUAUGGCGUGUGCUGUUCUCUUUUUGCAUUUUUUUAUUGCCGGUCUUGAAAUUUUUGCAUUCCCUAGGACUGCACGUCAGUGUAAGUGUAAGAUUUUAAAACUAAGACAUCAAAACUAAUUCCGAACUAGAUGUAGUAUACUGCGUCCGUUAAGAGCUAUAGUUUUCCAAUUCUGAACCAAGUGAUUUUGAAUAAGUCAAAAUUCGAAGAAACAAAGUUAAGUUAAUGUGGGGCAUGCUUGAUUCUGACAUUGGUUUGUAAAAAAAAGGAUGAAAAUGAUAUUCUCAAAAGCGAACUUGAUUCAAACAGUGAACUGUUAAAAGGAAAGAAUGAGCGAUAUACGAUGGCGAUGAAGAUCAAAAAUUCAUGGAACAGCUCGAUGCUAGAAUUAAAACCCAUGACAGAGAGAUCGAAAGGAUGUGCAAUUUUCACUACCAGGGAUUUAUCGAUUCCAUCAGGGAACUUCUUAAAGUCAGAAAACAAGCCAAAGACCUCAAUAAUGAGAUAGUCGAGCUGAACAAGGCUCUUCAAAGUUCAGCUGAGAGAGUUAUAGAAAAGACUGAGGAACUUGUCAAAGCAAGGAAGGUUGAAAAGAAUAUUGCUUCGGCUGUCCAAAGUUUAACAAUGUGCCUUCCCGUUCUCACAACAUACGCUAAAUUACAAAAACAAAUGAAAGAAAAAAGGUACUACCCUGCACUGAAAACUCUGGAACAAUUAGAGCAUUUAUAUCUUCCUAGGGUGGCUAAUUAUAGAUUUUCAUGUCAAAUGAGAGAAAACAUUCCUAAACUACGGAAAAGUAUCAAAGAAGCGUCGAUGUCUGAUCUGAAAGAUUUUCUCGAGAAUAUUAGGAAAGUUUCACCUAGGAUUGGUGAAGUCGCAAUGAAGCAUACUUCUGAACAGUUAAUUGUUGACCCGAGUGUAUUUCGUCGGAAAAAGAAACGCCAAGCGCCUCUCCCUCCUAAUCCAUUUACAGGAGUCGUUGAAACAACUGAAGAUGCACUCGACGAAGAAGAUCUUAGCGCUCAAGAUUUAAUCGAUUUUUCCCCUGUGUACAGGUGUCUACACAUUUAUUCUGUCUUAGAUUCGAGGGGAGAUUUCGAGACAUACUAUCGAAAACAAAGGAAACAACAGGCAAAUUUAGUUUUGCAGCCUCCUACCAACAUGCACGAAUCGAUAGACCUGUACAAAAGCUACAUAUACAGCAUACUGGGCUUUUUUGUAGUAGAGGACCAUGUUUUGAACACAGGCCAUGGGCUAGUCGAUAGAGUCUAUUUGGAUGAACUUUGGGGCACAGCAGUUGGGAAGAUAGUCAAUGCUUUAAGAACCCAUUCCUCUUACUGUACAGAUGCAACUUUAAUGCUAAAAAUCAAGCAUCUUAUUAUGCUUUUCGUCACUACGUUAAGAAAUUACGGCUACACAGUGAAUCAAGUUUUUGCUGUCUUACAUGAAAUUAGGGAUCAUUAUAAUGAAGUUCUGAUGCAGAGAUGGGUUGGAGUGUUUAGGGAAAUCCUCGAGGCAGAAAAUUUCCUAACAACAGAGGUUGAAACACAGAAAGAAUAUGAUGAUGUGUUAAGCACAUUCCCCUUCCAAGAUGACGAAUUGGAAACAGCUCCUUUUCCCAAAAGGUUUCCAUUUUCACCUCUUGUACCAAAAGUUUACCAGCAAGUCAAAGAAUUUAUUUACGCUUGCCUUAAAUUCUCAGAAGAUCUUAAUCUUAGUCAAGGAGAAGUAGACGACAUGAUACGAAAAUCAACAAACCUCCUGCUUACCCGUACAUUCACGGGUUGUCUGUCGUCAGUGUUUUGUAAACCGAGUUUAGGCUUGAUGCAAGUCAUUCAAAUCAUUAUUGACACAAGAUAUCUUGAAGAUGCAACGAUGUACCUCGAGGAAUUUGUUUCCAACAUAACCGGUUCGCCCAAGGAAGGCCAGCUGGGAUCAAGAGGUCAAGGGCAUUUGUUUGGUGUUGCAAGGGACGACGCAGAGAAACAAAUUUGUGAAAAGCUCAAACAAAAGCUGGACGAAUUUAUCGAACUCGAAAGCUACGACUGGUUGUUGUCUGAGCCACAAGGGCACGCUUCUACAUUUGUGUCAGAUCUCAUCGCGUUUUUAAACAGCACCUUCGCUUCAUUCACCAAUCUUCCAGGGGAAGUUGCUCAAGUCGCUUGUAAAUCUGCCUGUGAACAUAUCGCUAAAUCUUUAAUGAAAAUGAUAAUGAAAGAUAAUGUGAAGCAAAUAUCAAUGGGCGCUUUGCAACAACUCAAUUUAGACACCAUCCAAUGUGAACAAUUUGCAGCAUCAGAGCCCGUGCCAGGGUUAGAUGAAGAAGCACUCCUCCAUUAUUUCACAGAUCUUCGUCAAUUGCUCGAUCUGUUCAUGAGUUGGGAUUGGCCGACAUACUUUCAUGAUUACGGCCAGGAAAACAGUAAAUACCAACAAGUCAAUCCUAAUACAGCAAUUAUCCUUUUAGAAAAGAUGCGAGAAGCUGACAAAAAGACUGUAUUUUCUGUACUGAAGAAGAGCGAACGUGAUAAAAAGAAACUUCUAGAAACCGUUCUCAAGCAACUUAGACAGCUUGCCGCUGCACAACAGCAACAGCAGUUACAAUAGAAAUUAUGAAGGCGGGAUAAGUAUGUAGAUUCAUUUUUUGUAAAUGAUGAUUCUACUCACAGAUUUAUUGUGUACAAUCUGGAUUUCAAGCAUUAAACGUUCAUCAUCAGAUUGAAAGAAUGACAAACAUGUCUCUCAACAUGAAUUGUAAGAGUGACCAAUUCAUGUUGAGAAAUGAGUUUGUAAUUUUUUCAACCUGAUGAUGAGCG